AUGAUACCAAACAACACUACUCAACUUAUGAUAAGGAAUUGUAUGCAGUUGUACAAGCAUUGCGCUACUAGUACUGGGGCCAUUACUUGCUGCCUCAAGAGUGUAGAGAUAGAAGCGGCUGAUGCUUUAAGUCGUCGUGUCUCCCUUUCGUCGAUCAUGAGCAUCAAAGAUAUCUUUCUUGAUGUGCAAAGUGGACGAUCUGACACUGUGGAUAGUUUUCGUCUUGAGAAGAGUUACCAAUUUAGAGCCAAUAAAUUGUGCAUCCCUCGAACUUCAAUGUGGGAUUUCAUAGUGUGGGAAAUUUAUGCGGGAGGUUUAGUCAGUUACUUUGGGCGUGAUAAGACCAUAGAGGAGGUCGAACGCCAAUUUUAUUGGCCUAGUUCGAAGAAAGACGUGGCUAAAAUUGUUAGUACAUGUAACACUUGUCAAUUGGUCAAACAGAAGAGGCAAAACACGGUUCUAUACACACCUCUUCCCGUCUCUAAUUGUUCUUUGCAAGAUAUUAGUAUGGAUUUG